AUGUUCGUCGACAAAGCCCAACGAUCCCUCAAAUCCAUCCUCACUAACCUCCACGCCGGCUACUUCCGCAUCACCCUCUCCCUCGGCGGCCAGGCACUCCUCUGGAACAACCUCUCCCACUCGGCCGCCGGCCACCCGCCGCUCCACCACUCCAUCCACGUUAUCCUCCUCGUGUUCUGGUCCAUUUCGCUCUUCCUCCUCUCCCUCCUCUCCUUGCUCUACACCCUCCGCUGCGCCUUCUACUUCCACACGGUCAAAGCCGAGUUCUCCAACCACGUGGCGGUCAACUACCUCUUCGCCCCCUGGAUCUCCUGGCUCCUCCUCCUCCAGUCCGCGCCCUUCUCCUCCCCGCCGCCGCUCUGGUGGCUCUUCGCCGCCCCCGUCGUGGCCCUCGACGUCAAGAUCUACGGCCAGUGGUUUACCAAGGGCAGGCGGUUCCUGUCCACCGUCGCCAACCCGACCAGCCAGCUGUCCGUCAUCGGGAACCUCGUUGCAGCCCGGGCCGCGGCCGAGAUGGGGUGGAAGGAGAGCGCCGUGUGCCUAUUCUCGUUGGGUAUGGUUCACUACCUUGUGCUGUUCGUGACGCUCUACCAGCGGCUGUCCGGUGGCGCGAGGCUGCCGGCGAUGCUCCGGCCGGUUUUCUUCUUGUUCUUCGCCGCGCCGAGCGUGGCCAGCCUGGCUUGGGAAUCCAUAUCGGGGGCUUUUGAUACGGCGUCGAAGAUGCUCUUCUUUCUCUCGCUCUUCCUCUUCAUCUCGUUGGUCUGCAGGCCGGCUUUGUUCAAGAGAUCCAUGAGAAGGUUCAGUGUAGCGUGGUGGGCUUACUCCUUCCCGUUGACUGUCUUAGCACUCGCUUCAACCGAAUACGCACGAGAAGUCAAAGGCGGUGUUCCCAACGCGCUCAUGUUCGUCCUCUUGUUCGUCUCGGUCGUGGUCUCGCUUGCUCUCUCCGUCUUUACUCUGUUCAACACCAAAAUGCUUCUCCCUGACAACGACCCAACCGCCGAUCUCCUCAGUCGCCACACACGCGCCUAG